AUGAAUAUGAUAGAGGACAAUAUUCCUGAGAAUUCAUUUGACACUACUAGUUUGUCCGACUUUGCGCUGGGGCGGUUUGCCAACAGCGGGACCACACCAUCCCCAAGCUUGAACUUCCUGUCUGUAGGGAGCCAGCCGAGCCUUCGACUAUUGGGCCCGCUCGGCGAGGUACAGCCUAUAGAGGGAAGUUCCGAGAGCUGGCAGUGGGUGAUGGACCAAAUGCAAAGCUUUCCCCGUGCAUUCGCCGAACAGUCGCAAACACUGUUCAUCCACCCGCAUCUAUAUCGCGAGUCUAUGCCGCGUUCAAUCAGGGCGGCUUUCGGCGCAUCCUCUGCGUCCUGUCUCCUCAAUCAGAGCAACAGCACUAUGCUAUUCCGAGUUAUAGAUACAGAGGUUUUUCAACUACUCCAGGAUAAUGAGAUGAACCUCACUCUGUUAGAUGAGCUAGCCAGGUUGCAAGCGCUAGUCCUAUAUCAAACGAUACGUCUCUUCCACGGCGGCAUUGAACAACGCGUCUUAGCUGAACAGCAACAAACAGUCCUGAUGAGUUCGGCCUUAAAACUGCUUGCCCGAUCUCAAGCUGAGCUCCACGAUGCCGAAGCAGUAUGCUGGGUCUCGUGGAUCCUUGCGGAAUGCAUCCGGCGGACAGCGCUUGUAGUCUACAUGCUCUAUGGGGUUCAUUCCAUUGUCCGGCAGGGAAUAUGCAUCGGGUUCCAUACGCUGGUCGCUUUACCCAUGUCACCAGCAUUUAGUUCCUGGAACUCAGAGGCUGAGCACCAUAAUCAACGCGAGCUCACAAGAACAAUAACGUAUGAGAUGUUCACCGAGGGGUGGCCGGCUACGCCACGAAAACUGGUUCCCCUCGAGAAAUUUUUACUGGUGCCGUGCAAGGGUAUUAAUACUAUAGAAGCUUACGAUAUCACGGAGAACGGCGUCGCAUGA